UCUCUUUCUCUACAGAUUGUUCUCACAACAAAUGUUACAUAAAUCCCUUGUUAUGUUCAAGUAUGUAACAUCUCAUUGUAAAAAGAACGAUUGUUUUUAGUUGCUUGGAUCAGAACCUCUCCUAACCAACCAACCCAAAACUAUUAGGAAUGAAUAAGAAGGAAGAGGGCCCUAUCCCGAAGAACUGCAACUAAUAGGGAUCAAAUUCAUGACCUCAAAGUCAUAAGGUGAAACUUUCACCAACUACACCGUGUGCUACUUGGUAAAUUGAUACAUGGUUUAUUAAUAGUUUAACCCGAAGAGGAGGGGAAUUUGAAUCGACCGACGAGACAAUAACAGAUUUAAUAGACAGACUAGUCUAUAAUAAUAGAGGAUACUAAGGGUAUACUCGUAAUUGUACUAUUGUACGAUAUUAUUAUAUAUAAGCAUCAAACACCAGUGUGUAUGUUCAGACAUACAACCCCAUAAACAUCUGACACUCCAAAUCAUCCACUGAUCUGAAAGAUGCAGAAAUCAACGGUGGGUAUUGAUUACUGGAUGAAAUGGCAAGUCCCUGUCUGUGGGUUGAUCAUUGUAAUCCCAGCUGCAAUUGCCAUCAAAUUGAUCAAGAAUAAGACCAUUAAUGGUGAAGAAGAUACCCAGAAUUCAGUAUUAUGGGUUCCUUGCUGGAGAAAGCUCAGCCCCAAAUGGCUUCUUCUCUACAGAGCUUUCGCUUUUCUUACUAUGGCUUACCUUCUCUUCCAGAUGCUUCAUUCCUAUGGCUCUUAUGCUUUCUAUUUUUAUACCCAGUGGACAUUUUCACUGGUUAUGGUCUAUUUUGCGAUUGGAACCAUUGUUUCUGCCCGAGGAUGCUUUAUGUCUACAGAGAAAUCUCCAACAGGAAACGUAGAGAAAGACAAAGUUCUGAAAAACGGUUCAGAAGGCAAUGAAUCUGCUGCUGUUUUGGAUUCAGGAAAGGGAGAAAGCCUCACAAAGUUGCAAAAUCAUGUUAAGAAUGAUGAAACUCGAGUUGGAUUCUUAGGGUCACUUAUGCAAAUAAUUUACCAGACUUCUGCGGGAGCUUCUGUGCUUACAGACUUGGUAUUUUGGUGUGUAUUGGUGCCAACAAUGGCUGGAAAACAGUUUGAGCUCACCUUGUUGAUAGGAUUCAUUCACUCACUGAAUGCAGUCUUCCUGGUCAUUGAUUCCCUUCUUAAUGCCAUUCCGUUUAAAUGGUUUGGGUUUCUCUACUUUAUACUUUGGAGCACCGCAUACACCACAUUCCAGUGGAUUAUUCAUGCCUGUGGUGUCACAUGGUGGCCUUAUCCCUUUCUAGACCUCUCAACCCCGUGGGCACCUCUAUGGUAUUUCGCAUUGGCUGUUGUCCAUGUUCCUUGUUAUGCAGUAUACAUAAUGCUGGUGAAAGGAAAAGACUCGAUUUUUUCUAAGCUGUUCCCUAGAGCAUUUGUGAGAUCAGAUCAACGGAUAUCACAGCACCACAAAGCAGCCUGAGCCCUGAGGCAGUAUGAAACAGGAGAAUAACUGAAUUCGGAUGUUGCCAACAUUUCAUCAAACGUCCGACUUACCUAACUACAAGUUGUGUGGAAGCAUUACAGUUUGUAUUUACCAGUUUCUAGUCGGUCUUAAGUCAACUGUAUUUAACUAUUUAUCGACUUGAUUUAAAAUUUUCGUUAUGUUA